AUGACCUUCCCACUCCCCCUGAAGUCCCGCCUUCCCUCUGCUGUGAGGAGUUUGAUUCUACAGAAGAAACCAAACCUCAGAAACAUGUCCAGCAUGGCUAGGGGGCUCCAGCCAGCCAGUGUGGUGGCCCUGCCCAGGUCCCUUGCUCCGGCCUUUGAAAAGUUCUGCCAAGUCAACAGUGGCCCUCUGCCGCUGCUGGGCCAAAGUGAGCCAGGCAAGUGGACGUUGCCUGCCCUGGGUGCUGUCCCAGGUACCAGCCUGGGGGACCCCAUGUUCUGGAAGUAUGAGUUCGGCACCUGCACGGGCAGCCUGACCUCGCUGGAGGAGUCCUCGGGGCAGCUGAAGGACAUGAUGGCCUUCCUCCUGGGCAGCAGCUUCUCCCUGGAAGGGGCCUGGGAGAAGGGGGGACUCCCCAGAAGGGACUCAGCAGGCCACGGCCACAAGGAGGUGCCUUGUGCCACCAUUGCUGGCUUUUGCUGCCCUCUGGUGGUCACAGUGAGGCCCGUUCCCAAGGACAAACUGGAACAGCUGGUGCAGGCCUGUUGCUCCGUGGGGGAACUGUUGGGUAUCAAAGAUCUUUCCAAACCUGACCACGGGGAGCCUGUGGUGUGUCAGCCAGGGCACGUUCCAGUGUUCUGGCCUUCUCAGCUGACCAGUCUCGAAGCUGUCAGCGCCUGCAAGAUGCCACUGGCUUUCACCAGCGCACCGGCUUGCACAGUUAUGACUGACCUGAAGGGUACGGCGGCUCCGGCCAGAUGUCUCACCCCUGAGGGAAUGCCAGAGGUCCAUCACAUUUCCCAGGAUCCUUUGCACUGCAGCAUGGCGUCAGCUUCAGUCGCUCAGAGGGUCAGAGAACUGGAGAUGAUAAUUGCCAUCGACCCCGGCAGCCGAGGUCUCGGACACCUGCUCCGUCCAGGCAAGCUGCUGCGGGCCUUCCUGUCUCCAUCCCACACCCGCUCCGUGCUCCGCACCACCGGCUUCCCCACGCAUCUCAACCACGAGUCUCCGGAAGAGACGGACGGCCCGCCGGGAGCCGCGGCUCUGGCUGCCUUCCUGCAGGCCUGGGAGAAGGGGGUCUCCAUGGUCGUCGACCAGAGAGCCUUGAAUUUGUACAAGAAGCUUGUUGACGAGGCUGUACAGCGAGUGGAUUUUGAACCAAGUUCUGUAGGAAAGAAGGAAACGAAGACGGAAGGGUCCUUCGCACAAACACAGGAAGGCAUGAGCCAGCCAGGCACCUGGCUCUCCAUAAGGACCCUGUGCCCUCACCCCGGCAGGUUUGACCAUCUGGUGGCGAUCGAGCGCACGGGAGGGGCUGCCGAUGGCGAUUACUACAACGCAAGGAAGAGGAACAUCAAGCACUUGGUGGACCCCAUCGAUGGUCUUUUCCUUGCAGUGCAGAAGAGUUCUGGAAUUUCAACAACUGGCGUUUCUAACUGGGGAGGUUAUGCCUUGGCCUGUGCUCUGUACAUCCUGAACUCAUGUGAGGUCGACAGACGUUAUCUGAGGAAGGCAGUUGGGCCCUUCAGAGCACCUGGAGAACAGAACUGGACUCAGGCCCUCCCAUCCAUCACUAAGGAAGAAAAAAUGUUGGGCAUCCUGGUGCAGCAUGGAGUCCGGAGCGGAGUCUCGGGCACCCUAGGCAUGGAGGUGGACGGGCUGCCCUUCCAUGGCACUCACGCCCAGAUGAUCCAGAAGCUGGUAGACGUCACCAUGGCGCAAGGGUGACCAUGCAAAUUACAGGCAUGGGGGGUGCGUACUAGACGGAUCUAGGGAGGAGUUCCCUGAGGGCCCCGGCUUUCUUCUACAACAGCCUUGCAAAUAAACACUGGCCCUGGGUGAGCAACGUGCUCCACACUGGCCUGGGUCACGCGUGCCCACCUCCUGGGUCGGGGUUGGGGGCAGCGGGUAAUGCAGGUGAUGUGGACCGAGUAAAACAGUCCUCUGGGGUCCCCAGUUUUGGCUUUUAUUCCUAAGUGCCAGGAGGCAUUGAUUUCAACCUCCUCACCCUGGCUUCUUCAGGUUACCCACGCAGUCUGCUCUGAGAGUCUUCUGAGCAAUCACUAACGGGGACGCCAGUGAGCAAUGAACUUCCAGGCAGACACAGAGGGUCCUGAAUAACCCCCCAGGCUAAUUAAGAAACAGCAAAA